CUCACUGUGUCUCUGUUGCAGGUUCUGUGCCAGAAUGUGGCCCCCGUUCCACUCCGUCAUAUUCGUCCCCCUCCUUGGCCUCCUGCGUCCGGCUCUUCCCCUCAUCCUGGGACUGUCAUUGGGCUGCAGCCUCAGCCUCCUGCAUGUGUCCUGGAUCCAGGGGGCGGAGUCUGAGGAACAGUGUCGGGGGGCAGCUGGGAGAUUCCUGGAACUGCAGCCCAACAAUCAGAAGAACCUGAACCCCAAGAUUAUUCCUUACAGCCGGACUCCCCGUGUCCCUCCAAGCAAAGUACUGAGGACUCGCUACAUCCAAUCAGAACUUGGAUUCAGAGAGCGCCUCUCAGUGAUUGUGUUGUCGUCUCGCUCCACUAUGAACACUCUCGCGGUGGCUGUGAAUCGCACUCUCUCGCCUCAUGUCACCCGCUUAGUGUUCUUCACAGCAGCCCAAGGACCCAAAGCCCAGCGGGAAUGGAAAUUGUGGCCGUUGGGGAUGAGCGUCCGGCUUGGCUGA